AUGUCCAAGCAAGAGCCUGCGGAUCAGGUCAAGUUCCUUGUGUCCUGCAUCGGACAUACCAGCAACGGUCGACCCGACUUCCAGGCUGUUGCUGAGGAGCUCAGCAUCGUUUCCAAGGCCGCUGCUCAGAAGCGAUACGAGCGAAUGCUCAAGGCCCACGGCAUCAGCCGUCCUGGUGCUCUCGCCAACGGCAAUGGGGCCGACUCUGCCCCCUCAACUCCCAAGCGCAAGGCCAAGGCCGAGGGCGCCGGAAGUGCCAAGAAGCGAGCCACUCCUCGCAAGGCCAAGAAGGAGGAGUCUGAAGAUGAUGAAGACGUGAAGCCCAAGACCCCUACCAGCAAGAGCAAGGUCAAGAAAGAAGAGGAGAAGGAAUCGGCUGAUUCUACUGGCUCGCUCUCUGAUGCGCCCGCUUCCGAUGGUUCCUAA